AUGUUCCGGAAAGGUUCUGGGUUCGAUUCCCAGGGAAACUAUUUUUGGCUUCUUUUUUUUUGCCUGCUCUAUUUCAAACUACCAAGGUUGUUUGUCUAA